AUGCAUUUCUCUCUCCUUGCCCUUGCCCUGGCAGCUGGCUCCGCUGCCGCAGGGUGUCCCUAUGCCGAACGAGCUGCGGAGCCCCGGGCGUGUCCCUAUGCUGCCCGCCAGGCCCAGGAACAGCCUGUGCGGCGUCAUGGGAGCCAAGUUGGUGAUGACAAGAAAGGCAUUUUCUACAUGAACCGCAUCGGCCCCUCCGGGUUCCAGUUGUACAUCGCCAACGCCGACGGCAGCAACAUCACGGAGUUGAUGGGCAACCAGACCACCCCCUUCGACUACCACGCCUCAUGGUCGCCCGACGGCGAAUGGAUCGUCUUCACCAGCGAGCGCCGCGGGUUCGGCCAGUCGGACCUGUACCGGGUGCAUCCCGACGGCACGGGCCUGGAGGUGCUGGUGGCGACGGACUCGAUCGAGGACAGCGGCGUGCUGUCGCCCGACGGAACGAAGCUGGCGUACGUGUCGACGUACGGCAACUACACGACCAACAUCUGGGUCAAGGACCUGGCCAGCGGCGUCGCGUAUAACCUCACCGACACGGAUCUGACGCGCGCCGACAACACCUGGCCGACGGGCCACUACCGGCCGGCGUGGUCGCCCGACGGCGAGUGGAUCGCCUUCUCGUCCGACCGGAACACGGACUGGACGGGCCAUUCCGACGGGACCGGCUGGGAACACACGCAGAGUCUCGGCCUGUACGUGAUCCGGCCCAACGGAACGGAUCUGCGGCUGGUCCGUCGCGAGGACGGAUACUCGCUCGGCACGCCGCAGUGGUCGCCCGACGGAAGCCGCCUCAUCUACAACCAGAUGACGCGCGAGAACACGUACUACGCCCACGGCGUCAGCAGCGAGCAGCUCGCCGUCGACGCCCAGGUGCACAGCGUCGACGUCGCCACGGGCGAGGACGUCGUCGAGCUCACCUCGGGCGACUACGUCAAGGUCGCCCAGCACUACAUCGGCAACUCGACCAACGUCGGAUACCUGAUCAAGGGCGGCGUUCCCGACGGAGGCAUCAACUACACCCACCCGGACGCCGGCCACACGGCCUGGAACGUCUCGGGCAUGCGCAGUCCGGCCUGGUCGCCCGACGGGUCCAAGAUCAUCUUCGAGAUGCCCGACUGGACGCAGCAGACGCCCGACCUGCCGCUCUGGAGCUUCGACACCGAGUGGGAGUACCGCUACAUGGACGUCUUCCCCCUGCACAACGACAAGGUGAACCGCAUCGCGAGCACGCAGAAGGUGCUGGGCUAUGCCAACGGCUCGCUGGUCACCUCCACGCCGCUCUACGCCGACCUCGUCACGGCCCUGGACUCGUACUCCAUCUACUCCGAGGACAACGCCACCGAGGUGCUCUAUCUCGAGGAGGGCGAGUCCGGCGCCUUCCAGCCCUCCUGGAACCCCGACGGCACGGAGCUGGUCGUCGGCUUCGGCGCCUGGUUCGUCGAUCGCGUCGACACCCCGGCCGCCAUCUUCCACGCCUUCGAGAACGGCUCCUCGUUUGAGAACCUGACCGUGUGGGACGGCGACAUCAACGCCGGCUUCCCCUCCUGGUCUCCCGACGGCUCCGCCAUUGUCUAUCGCGAAUGGAGCAUGACCACCGGCGCCCCCCUCGGCCUCAAGAUCCUCAACUUCACCACCGGCGAAACCACCCAGCUCACCGUCGGAUGGGACAAUACCCCGGGUUGGUCGCCCGACGGCGAGCUCAUCGUCUUCACCCGCAACGACAACUGGACCGAAGCCUACGGGUCAAGAUGGUACGCAGACCGGUUCGACAUCUUCACCAUCCGCCCCGACGGAACGGAUCUGAAUCGCGUCACCGACUCGCUCGCCAACGACGCCCACGCCGUCUGGUCGCAGGAUAACCGCAUCAUGUGGAGUUCGGGCAUGUAUGGCUUCCGCGAUGAAUCCGCCCUCUACGACGACACCUUCCAGCCCUACGGCCAGAUCAUGGUCAUGGACAAGGAUGGCUCCAACAAGAAGAUCGUCACCGAUACCUUGUGGGAGGACUCCAUGCCGCUCUACAUGCCGAAGCGGUUUUUAUAA